UUGUCCGUGUUUGUUGCCAAUUUCUGUCUUGAUGGGAAGUGCUUUUCUAAAAUAUUCUUCAGCCUUGGCAUAUUCUCCGACAGAAAGAAACACGUUUCCUAGGUUUAUGUAGCAUGACGCUUGUCCGUGUUUGUCGCCAAUUUCUGUGUUGAUGGGAAGUGCUUUCUGAAGAUAUUCUUCAGCCUUGGCAUAUUCUCCGACAGAACGAAGCACGUUUCCUAGGUUCAUGUAGCAUGACGCUUGUCCGUGUUUGUCGCCAAUUUCUGUCUUGAUGGGAAGUGCUUUCUGAUAAUAUUCUUCAGCCUUGGCAUAUUCUCCGACAGAAUGAAACACGUUUCCUAGGUUUAUGUAGCAUGACGCUUGUCCGUGUUUGUCGCCAAUUUCUGUGUUGAUGGUAAGUGCUUUCUGAAGAUAUUCUUCAGCCUUGGCAUAUUCUCCAACAGAAUGAAACACGUUUCCUAGGUUUAUGUAGCAUGACGCUUGUCCGUGUUUGUCGCCAAUUUCUGUCUUGAUGGUAAGUGCUUUCUGAAGAUAUUCUUCAGCCUUGGCAUAUUCUCCGACAGAACGAAACACGUUUCCUAGGCUUCCGUAGCAUGACGCUUGUCCGUCUUUGUCGCCAAUUUCUGUCUUGAUGGUAAGUGCUUUCUGAAGAUAUUCUUCAGCCUUGGCAUAUUCUCCGACAGAAUAAAACACGUUUCCUAGGUUUAUGUAGCAUGACGCUUGUCCGUGUUUGUCGCCAAUUUCUGUCUUGAUGGUAAGUGCUUUCUGAAGAUAUUCUUCAGCCUUGGCAUAUUCUCCAACAGAACGAAACACGUUUCCUAGGUUUAUGUAGCAUGACGCUUGUCCGUGUUUGUGGCCAAUUUCUGUCUUGAUGGGAAGUGCUUUCCGAAGAUAUUCUUCAGCCUUGGCAUAUUCUGCGACAGAAUAAAACACGUUUCCUAGGUUCAUGUAGCAGCAUGUUGCUUGUCCGUGUUUGUUGCCAAUUUCUGUGUUGAUGGGAAGUGCUUUCUGAAGAUAUUCUUCAGCCUUGGCAUAUUCUCCGACAGAAUGAAACACGUUUCCUAGGUGUAUGUAGCAUGACGCUUGUCCGCGUUUGUCGCCAAUUUCUGUGUUGAUGGGAAGUGCUUUCUGAAGAUAUUCUUCAGCCUUGGCAUAUUCUCCGACAGAAUGAAACACGUUUCCUAGGUGUAUGUAGCAUGACCCUUGUCCGUGUUUGUCGCCAAUUUCUGUGUUGAUGGUAAGUGCUUUCUGAAGAUAUUCUUCAGCCUUGGCAUAUUCUCCGACAGAAUAAAACACCCCUCCUAGGCUUAUGUAGCAUGACGCUUGUCCGUGUUUGUCGCCAAUUCCUGUGUUGAUGGGAAGUGCUUUCUGAAGAUAUUCUUCAGCCUUGGCAUAUUCUCCGACAGAAUGAAACACGCUUCCUAGGCUUAUGUAGCAUGACCCUUGUCCGUGUUUGUCGCCAAUUUCUGUGUUGAUGGUAAGUGCUUUCUGAAGAUAUUCUUCAGCCUUGGCAUAUUCUCCGACAGAACAAAACACCCUUCCUAGGCUUAUGUAGCAUGACGCUUGUCCGUGUUUGUCGCCAAUUUCUGUCUUGAUGGGAAGUGCUUUCUGAAGAUAUUGUUCAGCCUUGGCAUAUUCUCCGACAGAAUAAAACACGUUUCCUAGGUUUAUGUAGCAUGACGCUUGUCCGCGUUUGUCGCCAAUUUCUGUCUUGAUGGGAAGUGCUUUCUGAUAAUAUUCUUCAGCCUUGGCAUAUUCUCCGACAGAACUAGACACGUUUCCUAGGUUCAUGUAGCAUGUUGCUUGUCCACGUUUGUCGCCAAUUUCUGUCUUGAUGGGAAGUGCUUUCUGAUAAUAUUCUUCAGCCUUGGCAUAUUCUCCGACAGAAUGAAACACGUUUCCUAGGUUUAUGUAGCAUGACGCUUGUCCGUCUUUGUCGCCAAUUUCUGUCUUGAUGGGAAGUGCUUUCUGAAGAUAUUCUUCAGCCUUGGCAUAUUCUCCGACAGAAUGAAACACGUUUCCUAGGUUUAUGUAGCAUGUUGCUUGUCCGUGUUUGUCGCCAAUUUCUGUCUUGAUGGUAAGUGCUUUCUGAAGAUAUUCUUCAGCCUUGGCAUAUUCUCCGACAGAAUGAAACACGUUUCCUAG